AUGAACGGCCGGGCCCGCGUAAGGGCGCGAGGCAUGGCCCGCAGCCCCAGCGCCGCGGAGGUGGGGCGCAUGCAGGCCUCGCCGUCGCCUCUGUCUGUUGCUCUUAGUGACAGUGAAGCAUCUUCUAGCAGUGACCACGUGGGAACAAGCAGGAUUUCACAGAAAUAUGAGGGUGGUCUAUCUUCUGGUGAUGCUGGAUGUACCGUCAAGGAAAGAGGUGGGAAAAUCAGACGAGAGAUGAUGGAUUUGAGUGUCUGUACCAGAGAGAAAUUGGCCCAUGUGAGAGAUUGCAAAAGAGGUUCCAGUGGAAUACCUGUGAAACUGGUCACAAAUCUUUUUAAUCUGGACUUGCCCCAGGACUGGCGGCUAUACCAGUAUCAUGUGACAUAUAGUCCAGAUAUAGAAUCUAGAAGGCUGAGAACUGCUCUGCUUUAUAGUCGCAGGGAACUUUCCAACAAAGCCAAAGCAUUUGAUGGUGUCAUCCUUUUUCUCUCCCAAAAGCUAGAAGAAAAGGUCAUGGAAUUGUCAAGUGAAACUCAAAGAGGCGAGACUGUAAAGAUGACUAUCAGUCUGACGAGGGAGCUGCCGGCAAGUUCUCCCGUGUGCAUCCAGGUCUUCAGUAUCAUCUUCAAGAAGUAAAGUGCCUUAAAUGAUCUUAAAAAGUGUCCAUGUAACCAAAUUGGCAGGAACUUCUAUAAGCCUUCGGAGCGUGAAAUUCCCCGGCACAAAUUGUCCCUUUGGCCUGGGUUUGCCAUUUCUGUGUCACAUUUUGAAAGCAAGCUCCUGUUUGGUGCUGAUGUGAGUUAUAAAAUACUCAGGAAUGAGACUGUUCUAGAAUUCAUGACGGAUCUCUGCCACAAAACUGGCAUGUCCUGCUGUACCCAGACGUGUGAGAAACAGCUGAUUGGGCUCAUUGUCCUUACCAGAUACAAUAACAAAACCUAUCGCAUCGAUGACAUUGACUGGUCAGUGAAGCCCACGCACACCUUCCAGAAGCGGGAUGGCACUGAGAUCACCUAUGUGGAUUACUACAAGCAGCAAUAUGAUAUUACCUUAUCUGACCUAAACCAGCCCGUGCUUGUUAGUCUGUUGAAAAGCAAGAGAAAUGAUGACGCUGACGUUCGGAUGGCCCACCUGAUCCCCGAGCUCUGCUAUCUAACAGGGCUGCCUGGCCAGGCAACAUCUGAUUUCCAGCUGAUGAAGGCUGUGGCCGAAGAAACGCGUCUCAGUCCUUUGGGAAGGCAGCAGCGCCUGGCCAGGCUCGCAGAUGAUAUCCAGAGAAACAAGGAUGCUCGUUUUGAGCUGGAGACCUGGGGCCUGCAUUUUGGAUGCCAGAUGUCUCUGACUGGCCGGGUUGUGCCUUCAGAAAAAAUAAUAAUACAAGACCACAUAUGUGAACCUGUGUCUGCGGCUGACUGGUCCAAGGAUAUGCGAACUUGCAAGAUUUUAAGUGCGCAGUCUUUGAAUAAAUGGUUGGUUAUAUGUAGCAACAGAGCUGAAAGUGUGACGGAGAGCUUUUUGAACUGCUUGAGAAGAGUUGGAAGGCCCUUAGGAUUUAAUGUGGACCAACCCAAAAUCAUGAAAGUACAAGAAAAUCCAGCUGCAUUUCUUCACGCUAUACAGAAAUAUGUUGAUCCUGAGGUUCAGUUGGUAAUGUGUAUUCUGCCUUCUAAUCAGAAGAGCUAUUAUGAUUCCAUUAAAAAAUAUUUGAGCUCCGACUGCCCAGUCCCCAGCCAGUGUGUGCUUGCUCAGACGUUGAAUAAACAGGGGAUGAUGAUGAGCAUCGCCACCAAGAUUGCCUUGCAAAUGACCUGUAAACUCGGAGGCGAGCUGUGGGCUGUGGAGAUCCCUUUAAAGUCCCUGAUGGUGGUUGGUAUUGAUGUCUGUAAAGAUGCAUUCAGCCAGGGAAUGGUGGUGGUUGGAUUUGUGGCCAAUAUUAACCCCAGAAUCACCAGAUGGUUCUCCCGCUGUGUCCUUCAGAGAACAUCGGCUGAUGUUGCAGAUUGCUUAAAAGUUUUCAUGACCGGGGCACUGAACAGAUGGUACAAGCAUAACCACGGUUUGCCAGCACGGAUAAUUGUGUACCGUGACGGUGUAGGGGAUGGUCAGCUAAAAACACUCAUUGAAUAUGAAAUUCCACAGCUGCUGAGCAGUGUGUCAGAAGCAAGUUCAAAUACCAGCCCCAAACUGUCAGUGAUCGUGGUCAGGAAGAAGUGCCUGCCACGAUUCUUGACGGAAACAGGCCGAACUCUGCAGAACCCACCACCUGGCACCAUCGUGGAUUCAGGAGCAACGCGGCCUGAAUGGUACGACUUUUACUUGAUCAGCCGGGUCACCUGUCGGGGAACCAUUAGUCCCACCUACUAUAAUGUCAUUUAUGAUGACAACGGCCUGAAGCCCGACCACAUGCAGAGACUCACAUUCAAGCUGUGCCACCUCUACUACAACUGGCCAGGCCUAAUCAGUGUUCCAGCCCCGUGUCAGUAUGCACACAAGCUGACCUUUCUGGUGGCACAAAGCACUCAUAAAGAACCAAGUUUGGAAUUAGCCAAUUCUCUCUUCUACCUGUGAUGACAUGAACCACGGGCGUCCCUAGCGGAGGAUUCUGAGGAGUCGUUGGUGUACUUCGUACAAAUCUGCCAUGAGCUCGAGGCUAUGACUGGGGGAAGGAGAUUGAGUUUAGUUUUUUUUGUUUUUUUUGUUUUUUUUGAGUUUAGUUUUAAUUUAUGGGGAAA